UGGCAGGCAGGAAACAGAGGACAGGGAAACAGAGGGCAGGGAACCUGAGUGGAGAUGUGUUCCUUCGUGAGAGUGGGGUCCCCCAAGGAGAUGGGGCUAAUCAGGGGAAUGGGCACUUCCUUCGAGCCGGAUACAGCUUUUCCCUUAGAGAUGAGUGCCCUUGGAGAAAUGAAAGUGUCUGGGGGGAAACGUCCCCUAAGCAUGGAGGUGGAACUUAACCACGAAAGAAAGGAUGAAUUAGGAGACAGGGAGGUCUUCAUGGGAACAAAAUCUCCCAUGAACUUAGGGCAUGGAGUAGGAUUAGUAAAAGAAGAUUCCGGAUGGAAGGAGAGCCCCAAAUUUAGAAAUGAAUGUGAGGAGAGAACGGUGUCACCAGAAACAAAGUCUCUGUUGAGGAAGGGGCUUGAAAUGGGAUUAGAAAGACAAAAUAUUUCUGGUUUAGGGUUGAAGACCCUCAUGGAGAAGGGUAAUUUAGGAGUCAACAGGGUCUCAACCUUGCAGGAAACAAAACCUUCUCUGCCAGGAAGAAUGGGGUUACAAAAUGAGUGUCUUCUGGCAGGUUGUUUUCCUGCAGGAAUAAUACAGUGUCCCUCAAGCAUGGAGUGUGGGGGUCCUCAGGGUGUAGGGAGUAGGAGAGAUCCUGUGGCUAGAACCCCUGAAGGGAUAGAGGUUUCAGUGAGAAAGCAGCCUGCUUUGGGUAUGGAGCCUAGACACGAACUGGAAAAAGAGUUGAUGUGUGUUUUGUUGAAGCCCAGUACAGAGAUGAAGCCUCCUGUGGAGGUGGACAUUGGGCUACCCCAAUCAGAGGAGACAGAUGAAGCCAAGAAAACAGAGCCCCAAAUGGGCUUAGUUAUAGAACCUCUUGUGUGCCAGUUUGUACAGCAACCAGAAGAGAAAAAGGAGGAGUCUGAAAACAUCGAAAUUGGAGUGGAAUUUCCAGAUCACAUUAGACCCAUAUACUCUGGGAAAUUUUUUGAUCGGACACCUUGCUGGCCAACUGCAGGGAAAGUUCUUCCUGUUGGAUACAGAGUUGCAUCUUGCUUGACUGAAAAACUCCCCAGGCUAAUUACUCCACCUGAGGCCAAAAAGUUUUUCAACUUCAGAUAUCCACCUGCUGGAGCUGAAAGAAUAUUUUAUGGCAGAGCAAAUGAUCCACAGAUCGCUCCUUAUUUGACACAUGGCACAAGAUCUAAAAUUUCUCCAUCAGCAAGCUCAUUGAUAAAUCCACAGCCCAUUACCAAAUUUCAACAAAAACUUAAAGAUAAGAAGGAAUCUAUCUAUUUUAGUCAUCGAUGGGCACCAUUAGGAAAAUCUCAUGAUCAAACACCAGGAUUACCUAAAGGACUGGAUAUAAUCAAUACUAUAUUUGGGACAGCAGUUGUCAGAGAAUGCUCUGCUAGAGAUGUAGUGAAUCCACCAAAAUCUUAUUCAGAAGUGUUUAAAGAAGGAGAGGAAGGGCAUGAUCUGUAUAUUGUUUCUCACAACGAUUAUUAUGCAGGGGAGGCAAAGAACAGAAAGUAUAACCCAUCAAGUUUUCAUAGGUUUAACUUGUAUGGCGUGCCAACACCACAUUUUAAUGAUGGACGAAGCAUGGCAAAAACUUUGUAUUGGCUCCAUGAAUUGCAAAUGAGAAGAGGAGCUAAAGUUGUAUCCAAGAGAGUUGAUGAUUUCAAAGAAAAAUUUCAACAUAAACUCGGAAGAGUUUUAGAUCCCAUUGCAGAAACAAUGAAUGUUCCCCCAGAACACACAUUUGGAGCUUGUCUUCAUCCUGAGGAGUAUGGAGUUGGUGAUCUCAUCCAUUAUAGACUUCCGGAUGAAUUUCUUCAAGGCAAGGAUAGACAGCGAGCCAUGAUUGCAGCAGUUCGACAUCACUUGAAGAAAGUUAACUACCAGAAUUUUAACACAUUGCUAGCAGCCUUCAGGCACUACGAUAAGAAGGGAGAUGGGAUGAUUGACAGAGCUGAGCUGCGGGAAGCCUGUGACCAGUUCAACCUGCAUUUAGAUGAAAAGCUCCUGGACCAGCUAUUUGACUACUGUGAUGUGGAUAAGGAUGGCCUGAUUAACUACCUAGAAUUUGCAAAUUUUCUUAACUGGAAAGACAAAAUGCCUCUUAAAGAUUAUGAAGAGAGGGUCAUUAUUAAAGGCAGAAAACCCGAUUGUACAUACCCUGCCGAAGCUAAUGUUCAAGAAUCAGAACCAACUCUCCUGAUAAAGCCUGAAGAUAUCGUCCUAAAAGAACCAGGGAGUUCAGAAAAGACACUUCGGACACUUCUGAGACCAAGCGAUAAAGUUUCUGAUCAUUAUAAGACAACGUCUUCUGAGAUCAAUGCAGUUGUAGGAGCCAUUCCUUCUGUUUGUUAUCCUAUCUAUGGGGUUCCAACCAUUCGGUCUGAUAUUCCCGCCCCCCGGAUUCGUCGUAUCAGUGAUAGGACUAAUUAUGGUGAAGAGGGCAAUGCUUAUUCAUUACUACAUCCUACCAUCUUCAGUCAGAAAGGAGUGUUUGAAAGAGACUUCUUCAAGACCAGAUCAAAGGAAGAGAUUGCACGGAUAUUAUGUAAUAUUGGUGUCAAGCUUUCAGAUGAAGAAUUUGAAAAUGUAUGGAAUCUUGCAUCAAAAAAGCAUCACAGUGGAGAAGUUUGUAUAGAGAACAUCAGAAACGUUCUGGAUGAGCUACAGCAUGCAGACCGGAUCAAGUAUAAAACACCUAUGUGAUAUUUUUGGAGUCCAUUCAUUUAAACAAAAGAAUUGUUAAAUCUGCAUACUUAGUGCUCAACUAAAAUAUUCAAAUCUACUCUGGUUUUAGAUAUUAUGUUGUAAUUCUACAAUCACUGUGGUGUAGGACUCAUAUGCCUAUUUG